UUCCAUAAUAGGAGCCAGGGCCUGGCUUUUCUAUUGUGUCUGCCUGUGUAUGUUGUGUUUGUUUAUCUGAGAAGUAGGCUGAACUUAGAUCCAGAGCACACAGAUGAUGGAUAGUAAGUGGAUGAGAAUUUGUCUCUUUGGAUAGUCUAAGGAGUGAUUUAAGGCUCUGGAUUAAUUUCUGUUUAUGUUCUUAAGCAGCUGUUGUUUAAACCAGAGGCCCUGAAAUAAUCAGACCAGAAAAAGACCCAGAAAGGGGGUCAGGAAGUGAGUUCAGUGAGUUCUCAAGAGUCCAACUGCACCAGGUGUCUCUCACUGCAUCCUCCUGCAUCUCCAGAUAAGACUACUUCAAAGCACAAUGGAAGGCACCAGAACUUCUCUCUGGCUGUUUCUCCUGCUCAGCCAGUUGCCAUUCUGCACUACUGAUGCAGACAAAGACCUUUCAACCAUGCAACCUUCUCUCACUCAAACACAAGAUCACGGUGGCAACCCAACCCCUGCUUCAGAGGCCAGCCUCACUACCACUGACCACACACCUGAUGCAGGCACCAAUGACACUCGUGGCAACUGUUUGAUCGACACUGAGAUGGGUCUGAUUGCUAUAGGUUCAGCAGGGGGGCUGAUUGUCUGCCUACUGAUUGCCACUGUGGUACUAGCUUGCCAGGUGUACAAGACUCAGCACCGGGUUUAUGCCCCCCGAUCCUCCCGGUCCAACAUGGACUUAGUGAGUGGUACGAGCUAUGAGGUUGGGGGACUGGUGGGGCCGUGUGAUGCUAGUGUCAUGCUCGAGGAGAUGAGAGCAGACAGCAAUCUGGAGGACGAAAGUCAGGCCGAAAUACGAUCGGCACAGGAGGAGACUGGGGGAGGACUCGAGGAAGGAGCCACAGCAAUGGGUUUUGAUCAUGAAGAGAAGGCCUGUUAUAGUUCCAGCUCCAGGGACUCCUGUCUGGAGGUUCCCAGGGAUCUUGAGGACAUGCCUCUUGUUGUGUGAGAAAAUAAUCCAACUUCAGUAAACUCCAACUCUAGACACUUCACAAACCACAACCUCUCAGUUCUGCUGUAUUGUCAUUCAAAUUGUUUCAUUCAUGGUCUUUCCAGUUCAUAAAACCUCAGAAAAAGUAGGGGUGCCUAGGCAUCACUUGAAAUUUGGAAUACUAGCAAUAUUAGUGAUAUUAGAAUUUUUGGUAUCCGCAUCAAAAAGGACCUGUCAAAAAUAAAAUAGAUUUUAAACAGUCCUAAAAAAGUAUUAUGGUUCAAUACCCAGUCCUAGUAAUGUGUAUAUAUUUUGACGUAUGAUGCUACCAGUGGAAUUUCUUCAAAAUAUGUACCCUUUAGAAAAAAGCAUGUAAAAUAAUGUAAUUCUGUAUAACUUUUAAACAUCCUACAUGAUAUACUACUUAUUUUAUUCACUUGAUUAACAAAUUCAACACUGACUAAAAGAUUUUUCAGUUUGAGUGACUUUUCUUUUUUUUUACAAUGAGUGGUCACAAUAAUUUAAGAAACAGACAAAUGGCAAACCAACAAGAAGAUCGAUACAUCUUUAAUUUUAAAGAGAGAUCCCAAGAUCUAUUCCUAGAUCUCAUACAGCAUUUUCGUUAGCUAACAGUCCCUUAUUAAUUAAUACAUUUAUGUUGAGCUUCUGUGAGUUUGUUCUGUUUUGUCUGUGAUCUCUUACCUGUACCGCAGACUUUCUAAUACAACUGUUAUUUCAUUGCUCUUGUGUACACAAGCCUGUUAAUAUGACAGUUCUUCAAUAAAUGGAUU